CGGCGUGCUCCCGACGCCCCAAGAGAUUGCGAUCAUGACCGCAUACGUGCUCGACGACGACAGCGACGAAGUCGACGAAGCCGAUUUGCCCGACAUCUCGUUCGAGACGCUCAUGUCCAAGGACCCAGCCAAGCGUCUGUUGAGUAUGCUCAACUACACGCUGCCGGCGCCGCCGAAUCCACCAGCGGCGCUCCGGCAGACGCCCAACGCCGAGGUCCUCGCCAACGUGGCGACCGCCGUAUCCAAGCUCAAGCUGCAUGGUCACGUCGAGGUGAGCGCGGUCCGAGUCCUGACGCAAAGCGCAGCGCCGCCCGACCUCGUCUUUGUACGUAAGACAAUAUUGGACAUCUUUGAGCGCAAGCGGCUUCUCGACGAGUGCGCGUCGAUCGCACACGAGCCGCGCGAGACGCUCGUCGAGAUUGUCGUCGGGCACCACUUUGCAACGUUUCUCGAUCCCGCUUUGGCGCAAAAGGAAGCGAUUGCGUUUCUCGAUUUGAUCUACCGUCUCCGGUCCGUGUACGGCGAGGUGCGCAUGUUUGCCGAAUGCGUCGACGGCGCCCACUCGGACGAAGUACUCGACUUUUACGUCUGGCUUAUCCAGUCGAUGGACCAGGUCCAGAUUGGCGCCGAGCUCGAUACGCGACCAGAAAUCCAUCCCCACUACAUUUCCAGAUUCAAAGCGCAGCUCCUCACGCGGACGCUCUUUCGAACGCUGCGGUUCCGGACCUGUGGGUUUGCGAAUCACUUGUCGUCCACCACCAAGUCGCUCCAGCGCCACCCGUCGCUCGACGCCAUGUACGACUGCCAGCGGCUUUUCGAGCACACAACAGCCCGGGGACCGAUCUACCUCGGCGAGUUCCACGACCUCCUCGACGUGUUCACUGUGCAGCUGCACGGCGACGACUGCUACCCGCUCGACAUAUUCUUGUACGCGCUCAUCCUCAUGUACAAGAAGCAGAAAGACUGGUUCUUUGAGUCGGUGCGCCUCCUCUUCAACCAAGUGCACGACGAAGCGGUUGCGCUCGAAGCGCGCCAAAAGGCGCUCGAAGCCGUCGAGUCGCGUCAAACCGAAGCCACAAAAGCGCGGCGCAAGGCCAGCGAGCUCCCAAAGCCUCGGAAAAAGUCGCGCAAGCCCACCAAGCGCCGCCGCGGGUCGGCCACCGACGCCCGCAAGACCGCCGUCUUGACCACGAUCCAGUUUGCUGUCGUGCUCGCGCGCGUCGAUUCGCACUUGUCGUUUGGACAAAUGACGGAAAUGACGCUCAAGGUGCUCUCGACGCGCCGCUUCUACUCGCACGGCAUCACGUACGAAGCGUUUGUGUACACGGCCACGUCCCUCGGGUGGUUCCGCCCCGACUUUGUCUCGCUGCCCGCGCCGUUUACGGAAAUUUCGAUUUCGACCGAAGAAAAAACGUCGGCCCACGCCGCACUGCAGUACGUCUGGGACACGCACGUCGCAAGCAUCUACGUGGCGUGCGAAGGCGACUCGAACCCCUUUGUCGCCAAGCACGUCAUGCAAAUCAAGCAGCGGCUCGUCAAAGCACUGAGCGUGCACGACCAGACUGAAACGGACCCACUCCUGUCGCUCAAUCUGCUUCGGCACCUCAUGCACGUGUGCUGGCGUGUCGGCGCCGCUCGAGGCUUUCGGUCGCGCAAUUUUGAGCCGGGGAGCGGCGCUGGCGGCGACCACUUUUACAUUGCCGAGCUCGCACGGUCGGACGAGCUCAUUUUGAUCGCGAAAGGGAUUCUAGCGAUUCCCGAUGCGGUCACGGGCCACCAGGUGUUCAACGCAGCGCUGUACACGGCGCCGUCGUCGGACUUCAUGACGAACUUUUCGCACAUUGACCCGGCGCGCAUCCGAGACCUCUUCCCUGACCACUGCAUCCAGACCAACGAGUGCACGGCGAUCGACAGCGUCCUCCAGCGCUACGCGUGGCAGCUCAACGACGUGUACCGGUCGUACUCGCUCGUGUGCAACAGCCUCAGCGGCAUCACCCUCGACGGGUUUGAGGAGCUCAUGCACGACGUCGGUCUCGGCUCGAGUCAUUUUACGAUCGUGCACAUGACAUUGGUGUUCUCGGCGGUCGUGAGUCGGCAGCAGGAGACCGAUCGGCUCCUUGCGACGAGCUUCAUCGAGCUCAUGAUCCGCCUCGCGACUGAGAAGCACGCGGUCGAGCGACCAUUCAUAGAUCGAAAGCAGUCCAAGUUGCAGCUCCUUCAGCCCGAGCGCAUCGCGAUCUUGCUCGAAGACCUCUGCACGCGGUACCUACUGCCCAACAUUUGCCAAAACCUCUCGAUCACGUUCCGUCGCCAAGUCGCGGCGCCCGAGCUCCAGCGCCUAUUGAACCGGCACCGCAACUUGCUGCGACGGCUCUAUUUGUACUAUUGCCGCCAGGACGUGGCCGACAUGGAGGCGUGGAAGAUGAAUUUUGGCGAAUUCGAAAGUUUCAUUGUCGACUUUGGCCUGAACGACGCGGUCUUUUUCCCGUCGAGUAUGAACCUCGUCGUCUUCAACGCGUGCCAAGACGACUUGAACGAAGGCCAGUUCAUCUACCAAGAGUUUGUCACGGCCAUCAUUGCGAUCGCGCAAAUGAAGGACACCAACCCGUUCCUCAAGUGGCAGCGCAAGACGAGCAACUUUAUUCAAACGCUCAUCGACUACAUCUCGCAUCCCGACCGCGCCGUCAAGUUCCGACUCAUUCUCUCGUGAGGUAGCGUCAAGCUGAUCAUGUCGACCGAUGCAUCAUGGAUAAUGAUGUUGGGCUGCUUGUAUACGAUGGAGAUCUCGGUCUAGUACCGGUAGAUACCUCACAUGCCAAGGGUAUAACACACAACUUCGGGCGUGG